CUCUUCCCGGAGAGCAAGAGGGAAAAAGAGGCAGCCGCUCGUCAGCCGCAAGCGACAGCCAAACCUGAAGGAACGACGCACGAGCUCCACCUUUCUCACUCACAAUCAGCACUUUUGGUUCCGUCGGUGCCGCACUUUGCCCGGCCGCAGAGCGUCACAACUCAGGGCGGAUCCGCGAAAGGCAGCAGGCCACUUUGCGUUGCGGCUGCUCAUUUUUCGUGAGUCAGAGCCGAGUGAGUGAAUUCGCGUGGCAUCUCCGCGCUCCCUCGAGAGUGGACGCCAGCGCACCCACUCCAUUCCACACUGAUUGAGCUGCCGCUUUAAUUUAGGAGUGUCUGUCGUGUUGGUUGCUUCCAUGAAUUAAAAGAAAGAGACAAACUCCAGAUCAAGAUGGAGAAGAGAGAUCGAAAUACUAUGGAGAAGAUUUUAAUAGAAGGGGAGGAUCAAGGUCUACCAAAAGGUCCAUCGACUCUAGGUUUCUUCCAGUUUGAAUCAGACGGGCAAAUUAGGACAAAAAACGCAGACAACGUGUUUGUUCUUGUCGUCCAUUACGAUUUCGAAAACACGCCAGAAUAUCGAAUGUGGGACAAGGCAGACGUUGAGAACUUGAAAAAGACCUUUGGAGACAACCGAAAUUGUAAUUUCCGCAGCCUUUAUAGACCGACACGGAAAAUUUUGCUCGAUCUUCUCGGCAGCCAGGAAAAGCUCUUGCGUUAUUUCAACUCAAAAGUCAUUCCGUCGGUUUUCGUGCUGUUUAUCCUCUCUCACGGCCACAGAAAUGGAUCGAUCGACACUGAUUACUUGGGAUCAGUGUUCGACGGGAAUAAAUAUAUUUCCUUCACGACAAAAGAGGUUUUCGACUCCCUGGAAAUACUGGACAAAUUCAAGGAAUGUUUGAAGAUUGUCAACUUUGGCCCGUGUAGGGGAGAGCUAGAUGACGCAAAAUUCGAUCCAAACAAGGAAAAAUACAGCUACAACAACCGUAAUUCUUGCCGAAUCACGUCGUUUCCUGAUAUGCCAAACACAGUCAUCGUUUAUUCAACAGUCGAAACAACCACGGCUACAACAAGUGUAGACGGUUCCUGGUUCGUGAAAAUAGUGUGCGAUGUUUUGAACCAGAUGAGCGAGGAUAAACCUUUGUUGUUAUUCCUCACGUCAGUCCAGUACGCCAUGCACAAAGUGUCGCUCGAAGGAAUUGACCCAGAAACUAAACUUCCUGUUGGUCAGACGGCAGAGGUCAAAAUGUUCCCCUUAGACAGGAGUUUUUCCUUCUCCAGGUCAUUGACUGCUGAAAAAUCUAUUUCAAGAACUGAUUCGCGAAUGGAAAAAGCAGCAACAAUCACAUCAACAUCUGAAUAUUUUUCUUGGAAGUCGGACGAAGGAAAAAACAUCAGAGGCCGGCGAGCCUUCAUCUUUUACGAACAGCUUACAAAAAAAGUUGAAGAAACAGAAAAAGCUCUGCGGCAAAACUUGGAUUUUGACACCAGAACUUGGAAGUUGAAUGAUGCUAAUUUAAUAAGUUAUUCCGAACAAGUUUGCGAGAUGGAGCACGACGUCGGCUGCGUUUUGACUUUCAUUUUCGGCCAAGUGAGCGAAAAAAAAGAGACAAAAGAAGUUUGCGUGCUUGUGGGCGGAAGAGAUAUUCCAAUCACGAGCAUUGUGCACGAAUUUGUCGGACCAAAAAAUAAAAGAUUGAUCGGCAAGCCCAAAAUCUUCUUCAUUAUUGACCAAAAGCCGCUGAAAUGCGACUCUCACUCUUCAGCAAAGUACCCAUUGAAGGUCGCGUCAACGAACCACAGCGGCUGGCUUAUCAUGAUUUUGAAGGACAAAGACUUGCUGGAGAAAUUGAUCGAAAUUUUCAAAGGAGAUGAGCUUAAAAAAGGAAGAAGUUUGCAAGAACUUUUAGUGCCGCUGCUCACAACUGGCACUAAAAAAGAGCUAACUUUGCUUAACUCGACGCUUCAGUACUUGCUUGAUUUUCCUAACUGGCCGAGGAUUUUCGUGAAACCAGAUUUCAAGCUGACAGUGAGAGGCAACAAGAAAAAGAUUUGCUUCAAGGAUCUGAUCAAAGAGGCGAAAAUGUUGCGAGAAAACCAGGUUUGGCUGUUGAGUUCGGUGGCUGGCGCAGGAAAAUCGACUGUACUCAAAGAAAUCGCUUUUCAAGUCGGUAAAUCAGAUCAAAAUGCCAAAAUUUUGAAUAUUUCCUUAAAUAAAAACUUUAAAACAUUAACAAAACGUCGAGUGGAUGCAGUCGAAUUUCUAGCAAAAACCACGGGGAAUUCCUCUGAAGACAUAAACAAUUGGAUUGCUCAGAAAAAAGUAGUCGUCUUCCUGGACGGUUUCGACGAAAUUUGUCCGCACAGCAGGGACAAAGCUCUCGGAAUAGUGAGGGCUUUGAAAGAAAAAAGAGUUCCACUCUGCGUGGCAACGAGACCGCACGAAGCGAAAGUGAUCGAGGAAACGAUUAAAAACGCUACACUUGUUGAAAUAGAGCCAUUCGAUGAAGCAAAGCAAAUCGAGUUUCUGCGGUUAGAGACCAAUAACAACGACGAAGAAAUCAAAAGAGUGCUUCACGCCGUCCAACAAAUAGGCCUUUCAAACUCCAUAUAUAUACCUCUACAAUAUAGACAUGGAAAUAUGAACACGAUUCUGGUCAACCCGCUGCACCUGUCGUUAGUUGCUCAGUGCAGCGGCGAAGGAAAUUUAUUCCAAAUUUACGACAAGGUGGUGAGGAAGAAGGUACAAAAGGGUUUGGAGAGGAAAUAUGGCUGCAAACAAGUGGAAGACGAAAGUAUUGACAAGGAACUGAUCCCUCUUCCGUUGAUCGCGUUUCGCUAUAUGAAUAACGAGCCGCUUGUCGGGGAUGGAGUGACGAGAGAAGACUUGGCGAAGAUGAACGACUAUGGAGUCGCAAUCGUGGAACAAGAAACGGUUACUUUCCUUCACCAGACAUUUGCAGAAUUUCUCGCCGCCCAACACUUUUUGAAAAACGUGGGAGAGUCAAGCAAUUUUGAUUUUAAAUUUAUUGGCAGCUGGGGAAUGGCAGAGGUCAGUAAGUUUCUCGAUCUUUUCUAUUCGACUUUGGAAAACGAAGAAGAGAUCAAGAUUUACACGCAAAUAAAAGUGCCCGAGGAAAUUUCAAACAAAUCUGCUCUGUUUCUGUAUCACGUUUGCGAGAAAAACCUCAAGCAUAUUUUUAAAGUGCUGAAGCCACACAUUACUUUUUGUGACGUGCAAAUGGAAAACUAUUUCAAUUAUUUAAGGUUUGAUAUUCAAGUACUUGGUUGUAAAAAACACCGUUCUUCAAUUUGCGUGAAUUACGCUAUUAAAUUGCUGGUCAAAGCGAUAAGAAGCGAAGAAAUCUUCACCGAGCUGUUGGAAAUGAACGCCAUCGAUUCACGAACCUUGGAAGAAUACAUUGAUUGGGUCCUCAUAGAAAUCGCCUGUUACAACGCAACCUCCGUGUUCAACCAGCUAAAAGAGACUUUCCCCAACUUCGUCGAGCUGCUCAGAAAAUCAAGUUCCAACGCCGGCGCCGGUUGCACAGCGGUAGCUAAUGAUAACUAUGAGAUUCUCGAAUUGUUCCUGGAAAACGGAUUCGGCAAAGAUACUUUAGAACGUUCUAUGUAUGGAGACACCCUUUACAGUGCUUGCAGAGAGGGGAAACUUAAGUACGUUAAAAUUCUCCUCAAACACGGCGCCAAACAAUACUUUGAUGGCCGUAAAAUUUGGGACCCUUUGAACGUGGCUGUGAAGCACGGCCAGCUGGACAUUGUCAAGCUUUUCGUGGAGGAAGAAAUUAGCGGAUUGGCCCGAGAUAAGGUGACGCUUGAGGCAAAUAUUUUUCAGACAGUGAAGGAGUACAAUGGCGAUUUCAACGCUUUCCACUAUGCCGUCUAUUACGGAAAAAAGGAAAUUGCUGAGUACCUGCUCUCAAAGAGUCCACAUUUGAAACACAUCAGGACAGGAGAGGGGAAGAGUCCUUUGCAGCUGGCUGUGGACCGUAGAUUCGGAGAAUUCGUGCUCUGGCUGGCGAGAGAAAUCGGCGAUGACCUGAGUUCUUUCAUUCCAAGAGGCGAGACACAAAGUUGGACCGAACACGAUCACUUCAUCUACGACCACUUCCUGCUGCUGCGAGGCGACCUGACGGAAAAGGACGAGCGAGGAAAAUCUCCUCUCCACUGCGCCGCCCAGCACAGACAUUUGCAGCUCGUCCGCGAGUUCAUCGCGAAAGACGCCGACGUGGCUGCCAAAGACGCCAGAGGAUGGAAUGCCCUGCACUUCGCCUGCACUUUCAUCGAUUUCAUUAACUGGCACAACAAUUCAGAAGUGGUCAAACUCCUGCACUUAACUAACCCUCAACUGGUGAAGGAAACGACAAAUGAAGGAGAAACUGCACUGCACAUUUUGGUGAACAACAACUUCAAACGCUUAUCUUCCAACAGUUAUACAUGGUCAGGCAGAAAACCUUUCCGUUUCCUUGUGUAUGAAGCAGGGGUGGACUUGGAAGCCAGGGACAGCAAAGGCCGCACGGCAGAGGACGUGGCCAAUGAUAAAGACCGUGGUUAUUGGGGAAAUUUAAAUAGAGAAGUUCCAAAACGCUCUCAUUUUGUGCGCAUUUCGCCCUUGCGGAGAGCUGCAUCGACACGUUUGGCUCGAAUGAAGGAAAAUUACACAUUCCAGGGCACAUUGGAAGCAGAGAGCGUGCAGUUUUGCUGAAAUUCGGGUCUUUUUCAUUUGUGGUUCGGCUUGGCGUUCGAAAUUGAGUGUUUUUUAGGACUGAGCAAGGACAACUGGAUGGCGGGGCAGGUGGGCUUGGUGUCGCCAGAGGCAACGCCCCUUUCCCUCGCCAAUGCCUCCACCUGCGAAUCGACAGAAACCGCAGCCACUAAUUUGCCGUCGCAAUUGCAGCACAUUUUUCAACUUCUCUCUUCCACAACUUUAAAUCUCCUUCGGCCUUCCUUGCUCAGGUCGAAUGCCCUGAGUUUCUUAUUUAGGCUUUUUUUUAUCAGAAUUUUCACGAUUUUGGCUCGUUGUACCACAUUGCAAAAUAAAAAAGACGAUUUUUCUGUACGAUUUUAAAUCUGUGGAGGCUCCAAGCACAUUUCGAUCAAUUUGGCCAUCGCCGUUGGAGGCCGAUUGUAAGUAAAAAAACAGAAUAUUUAAAAUAGGUAAACACUCACCUGGAAUUAUGGCUCCAAAACGACGUCUCCGCGGCUGAAAACAAGAAAUAACCUUAUCAAAACACAAAACUUUUCAUCGCUUCACAGGCACCGCAUUCUCGAAAAGAUGUAAAAAUUAAAUUAAUUGUUGAAAUCGACUAUGACUAAUACUUGAAUGUAAUUAAAACUCAUAAGCUUCGUUUCAUGUAAUUUUACCGAAUAAUUGUACCAGAAUUUAUUUUAUAAGCCUUCCUGUCAUUCAAAUAUUAAUUUCAUAAAUAAAAAUA